GAUCAAAUAAACGUUCGAUUGAAUGAUAUUUUAAAAGACGUUCGUGAAGAAAGAGAAGAGGAAAUUAACGAAAUGGGCGAGGAAUUCGAAGGAGAAUACGGCGAAGAAUACGCGGGAUUCCCAGACGAUGAGGACGAUGAGAUGAGGGAAGUUGAAAAAAUGAUAGAAAGAGCUUCUCAAGAGUUAGCCCAAGUCGCUGAUGAAAAUAGAAGACUUAUGGAAACUUUGGAUGAAGCUGUUGAACUGGAAAACGACAAAGCAGAAUUCAAAUACAAUCCGGCGGUAGAUAGUGCGAUAAUGAAAGAGCUCGAAGAUGCAGAAUGUCAAGCGAAAGAGACAGCGAAAAUAAUAGCGGAGUUGAAAUUACAAGUAAUGGAAUUGUCAAAAAAAGAAACGAUGACAGAAGACGAAGCGAAAGAGCUCGAACGGAAAAAUCUGGAACUCAAGAAACAAAUGAUUAUUUUUGAAAAAAAGACGAAAAGAAUUCAAGAAUUACUUGCACAGACGAACUUAUUUGAGGAUUUGGGUUCUUUCAAACCAGCGAGGUAUAACGAAGACGUCUUACCAAAAGUAGUUGUUUGCGGAAUGACUGAGAAUCAAAUGCCGAAAAUUCUUAUUUGUGAUGACAACAAAAACAAAUGCAAAUCAGAACGCAAAAAGAGAUCACCGUCACCCAAAUCACCAAAAUCACCUUGCGAUUGUCCUCAACCGACUACCGGUAACCUCGACUUCGAAGAUUUUGCUCCUUCAACAUUGAGUUCGGCGACGCAAGGUACUACUGCAUAUCAGCAGCCAUCACAAGGAAUGCAACAAGGAAUGUUACCUUAUCAAGGAAUGCAACAAGGGAUGGUGCUGCCACAAAUGGGAAUGGGACUUCCGGGAGGUAUGCCUCCUCAAAAUACUUGUGAGUGCCAUCAACCACAAAUGGGUCAACAGAUGGGUUCGCCAGGGAUGAUGUCUCAACCGAUGCCAAUGUCACCGAUGUCGAUGCCACCGAUGUCAAUACCACCGAUGUCGAUGCCACCUCUUAUUGGAGACUCUCAAGAUUAUUGUGAAUGUGAUAAUGCCAAGGAUUCUUCACGAUCUAAGACGAAAUCGGGACCGGGAGUAGGUAUGCCGUGCGGAAAAGGACGAGGUAUUUGUCCGGCUGAGAUUGAAUCUCGCCUACAAGAGUAUUCAGAAAAUACACAAUUUUUGGAAAAGCAGCUGUACGACAUGGAAUCCGAAGUAAAAGAAAUGCAUCAGGAAUUAUUAGCAGUUCAGAAAGAACGAGAACACCUCGAACAUCACAAGAAAAUGUUAUGUGCAAUGCCACCUUGCGGAUACUCACCUUGUCCCGUUUCUCCUUGUCCACCGUCUCCCUGUCCAUUACAACCUUGCCCCGGUUCUCCAUGUCCGGCAUCUCCUUGUUUUCCUCCGUGCGGACCACCAUGUGAAUCCCAACUGAGGGAAUUGAGAGAACAAUAUAAGAGAUUGCAAGAUGAUUUUAAGAACAAAUUAACGGAAGUAGCCGGCUUAAGGACUGAAAAUGAGAAAUUGAAAGAGAAAACGAAGCUAGCAGAAGAUGCCAAAAGAGAAGCUGAAAAACAAGCGAGAGAUCUCGAACUUGAAAUAAAAAGAUUAAAAGGAACUCUCAAAGAUCCAAAGCAAAUAUCCAAAGAACAAGUCAUUGAACUCGAACAACAAUUAACUGUGGCCAAACAAAGAUUUAGGGAAGCACAAGAUGAACUAGAAGAACUGAGAUUACUCGUCGAAGAUCAACAAUCACAACUAGACGAUUAUAGAAACAAGUAUUUGGAAGCUCAACAGCAAGUUGAGGAACAACGAAGACAAAUAGAUUUGAUGGAAAUUGAGAACCAAAGAAUAAGCGAACAAGUUAAUUUGGAAAUUCAACGUGUCAAGAAUCAAUUCCAAGAAAAACUUCAAGAGCUAAUGCCACUUCCAGAUAUUUUAAAAUCGACGCAGAUGAAACUUCAGGAAGCUCAACAAAUGCAUCUUCUAGCAGAAAGGAAUAAUGAAUCUAUAGCUAGAGAGUUGCAAAUGUACAAGGAUAAAAUCGCGGCAAUGAACAAUCAAAUAGAUGAAGUUAGAAGUGACCAGCAGUUUGGUGAAGACGCCAAAGCAGUAUUAGAAGCGAAAGUAAAAGAAUUGGAGGAGCGUUUGGCUGAGGUUCAGGAAUUGAACAGUAGUCUUUUGACAGAUUUAGAGAAACUUACCGAGAAAAGUGACGAAUAUGAAAAGUUGGCAGAGGAGCGGUUGCAUGAAAUCAUACAAUUAGAAUCUCAAUUGGAAUCUCUUCGUGAAGAAACCGCUAGGCAAGUUUCCAGAAUCAAAGAUCGAUGCGAAAUCGUCAGAAGAUCUAUGCAGAAACAGAUCUGUGAUUUGGAACGUCAGUUAGCUCAAAGCAGGGCUCUCGCCAAGACGGCACAAAAAGACAGAGAUGAGAUCAGGCAGAAGAUGCAAGCGCAAAUCAAUAAUUUGAAUGAAAACUUUGAAGAUGCUCAGAUGAGGAUAAGAAACCUUCAAGGACAUGUCAAUUUUCUGAGAAAUUCCUAUGGAGAUGUAUAUAAUGGUGACGAUAAUAUUGCUUGUAAACCACCAGCACCCCCCGAUCCCUGUACCUGCAAUCCUGCAUAUUAGGAUUAUUGAUGUGACGAGUGUCGUUUUAUAUCGUAUUUCAUUUUACAGGGAGAUUCAAUAUCAAUAAAACUUUUUUAAAGACUA